CCUCCAAAGACGUACGUGUCCGCCGCAGGCGACUGUGAAGACACGUUGACAUAGAACAAUCACCCCAUUUUCCACCUAUAAAAACACCUCUCCCUAUAUCUCAAAAUCAAUGAACUCCAUUCCUACAAUUCUUCUCUCUUUUUUUUUUUUUUAUAUGCAUGCUUUCGAGGUUCUGUUCCUACUCUGUGAAUCGACCUCCUCUUUCUUCUUUGUUGGGUGGGUUUUGGAGCGCUGACUUUAUACGUCGCUGUAGAAUUAAUAAUAGUUCCAUUAAGCGUAGUUGGGUAAGAAAUAUGGCAUCUGAAGGCCAACAGUUUCCUUCACAGAAGCAACAAGCUCAACCUGGUAAACAGCACGCCAUGGACCCGACUCCACACUUUACUUCGCCAGAUUAUAAGCCUGCCAAUAAGCUUCAGGGGAAGGUGGCGUUGGUGACGGGCGGGGACUCGGGCAUAGGGCGGGCAGUGUGUUACUGUUUCGCUUUAGAGGGCGCAACCGUGGCCUUCACCUAUGUCAAGGCCCAGGAGGACAGAGACGCCAACGACACCAUUGAAAUGAUAAAGAAAGCCAAAUCCAGCGCAGCCAAGGACCCAUUAGCCAUAGCCGCGGACUUGGGUUUCGAUGAAAACUGCAAGAGGGUGGUCGAUGAAGUGGUCAAAGCCUAUGGUCGCAUCGACAUUUUGAUUAACAACGCCGCCGAGCAGUACAAAUCCACCUCAGUUGAAGACAUCGACGAGGACAGACUCCUCAGUGUGUUUCGAACCAACAUUUUCUCCUAUUUCUUCACCACCAGGCAUGCAUUGAAGCAUAUGAAGGAAGGGAGCUCUAUAAUCAACACGACCUCAGUGAACGCCUAUAAAGGCAAUGCUAAACUGCUUGAUUACACCGCCACCAAAGGGGCGAUUGUGGCGUUUACCAGAGGCUUGGCGCUGCAGCUAGCCACCAAAGGCAUGAGGGUUAACGGCGUGGCACCGGGUCCGAUAUGGACCCCGUUGAUUCCUGCCUCAUUUGAUGAGGAGGAGACGGCUAAUUUUGGGUCUCAGGUGCCAAUGAAGCGAGCUGGGCAACCCAUUGAAGUGGCUCCCUCAUAUGUCUUCCUUGCCUGUAAUGUUGAUUCCUCCUAUAUUACUGGCCAAGUCCUCCACCCUAAUGGUGGGACUGUAGUGAAUGCUUGAGGAGGUCUGUUAUGUGGGCUUUCAUGGAAAGGAGUUUAAGAGCUGGAGAAGAACGAUAUAGUUGUAUGGAAUUUUGUUAGUAGUCUGGGAAAGAAGAUGUAAAUAAUGUAAAAUAUCUGAACCUCAAAUAAAAUUUUCCUUUCAAAAACUUAAGAGGGUCCUAGUUUUAUAGUACUUUAAAUUUUCUAUCUAAGGCAUGUCGAGACAUUUUUUUUCACAUAUGCAUCAGACACAACAGAUGUAUUAGACAACUGAAUUAGUAAUUUUAUUACUUUA